AUGUCAGCAACACCCAUCCCAAGCGGUAUUCCCGCUUCCCGUUUCGCUUCUCUGCCAAAUAACACGGAGACGAAAAAUAAUGCGGAGAUGGAUAUGUAUGAUUUUAUGAUUGUUGGCGGUGGAACUUCUGGACGUGGUAUCAUCAACACCUGGGGAUCUCUCGGAAAUCCCUCCUGGUCAUGGGACUCCCUACUCCUCUACUGUCAAAAAUCCUUCACCCUUACACUCCCACCCCCAGAAAGCAUAGAAGACCUCUCCCUCUCCUACAUCGACACCGAUCUCCAGAGAACAUUUUCCGGACCCCUGCAAGCCUCCUUCGCGGAAGAAAAAGACGGGCUCCCAAAAUUCUGGAUAGACAGAUGGAAACAGAUGGGCUGGGGCCUUUCCAGCGAUCCCUUUUCCGGAGAAGCAGUAGGCGGAUACAUCAACGCGAUGAAUAUCGACGCGGCGACAAGAAAACGAAAUCAUGCGCUAUCCGCCUACUAUACACCUAUGGCGACGCGUGAGAAUUUGGUCGUGGUAACUUCUGCGCUGGUGACUAAAAUCCUGUUUUCAGAUUCGAGACAUGAGAAGGGUGAUGUAGUCGCUACGGGUAUUUCGUACACCAAUGACUCGCAAAGCUAUACCGUGAGUGCGAGAAAAGAAGUUAUCCUCGCAGCGGGUGUGUUGCCAAUUCCCAAAUUGCUUGAAUUAUCUGGAAUUGGUUCUGCGGCUCUGCUUUCGGAUCUGGGUGUUCCGGUGGUUGUCGAUAAUGGAGAUGUGGGCGAGAAUCUCUAG